AGCGCUGAGUCUUCAGCAGCAGGAGGAGAGAGAGGAGCUUGAUUCAGCUGUUUGUGGCCGAAGAUGGCGGAGUGUGGACGUGUUCAGCAGCUGCUGCUCCUCUUGUCUCUCUGCCUUCUCACCGUACAGGCUCUUAAACCUCUUCCAGGUUUCGGGAAUGUCCAUCCUCCGGCUGCAGCUAUGCACCAGCAGUUCAGAGCCGCGCUACCGAAUCCCGGGAAUAACGCCGCCGCCGCGUCCUCCGGUUCUCAGUCUAGAAGAUCUACCGGCUGGAAGCUGGCAGAAGAACAGGCCUGCCGGGACGACGUGACCCGGCUGUGUCCAAAACACACCUGGACAAAUAACCUGUCUGUACUGGAAUGCCUGCAGGACAAGAAGGAGGACACAGAGAUUGCUGCAGACUGCAACCAUCUGUUGUGGAACUACAAGUUGAAUUUGACCACAGAUCCGAAGUUUGAGUCCGUGGCGCUGGAAGUGUGUACGAGCACCAUGUUAGAGCUGAAGGAGUGUGCAGAUGAGGAGCGGGGGAAAGGCUAUCUGAUGCCCUGCCUGGUGGACCACCGCGCCAACAUCACAGAACGCCAGUGUCAUCAGUACAUCACCAAGAUGACCAGCAUCAUCUUCAGCGACUAUCGGCUCAUCUGCGGCUUCAUGGACAAAUGCAGAGAAGACAUCAACACCCUGCAGUGUGGAAGCAUAGCUGUCGGAGAAAAACGCUACCCAGGUGGGAGAGGGCAGAGUGUACAAAUGCCUGUUCAACCAUAA